CAAUUGAACACAUCAGUUUAACACGUAAAGUAGACAUGAAGUUUAUAACUCUUUCAGAAGCAAUUUUUUUAAUUUUCGUUGUAUGCAGUGGCGCAGAAGUUCUGCAGCAUAAAAUUUGCAUGUGCAGCAGGAUUGAAGCUCCAGUGUGCGCUUCAAAUAAUAUUACGUUUGGAAAUAAAUGCGAAUUUGAUUGUAUUGUUGGAAAAAAUAACCCAGACAUUUUCAUUGUUGACAAUGGACCUUGCUCAGACGUUCUGCAACAUAAAAUUUGCAUGUGCAACAGGAUCGCAGCUCCAGUUUGCGCUUCAAACAAUAUAACUUUCGGAAGUAAAUGUGAAUUUGAUUGCAUUGUGGGGGGAAAUAACCCAGAAAUAUAUAUUGUUUAUAAUGGACCUUGUACAGAGGUUCCGAAGCAUAAAAUAAAAUUGAUCAUAAAUAUUCCCUAGGAUUUUAUCGAAACCCCCUUAAUGUAAUAACAAUGGUUUGCUUUAAUAAACAAUUAGUUCUUUAA